UUUCCUGUCACCUUAUAGCUGCAGUUACGUCACGUUGGCAGAGGUGUCAAAGUAUUUCAUUGACAUGUAAGAGGCUUUUCUGUUUUUAUGACUGCCUAUUGCUGACAAGGCCAGCCACGUAGACAAUCUCACUUCCAAAAACCAAAAAUCGAAAGGAAAAAAAAAAAGGCGCGGUGGUCUUCUCUUCUUUCCCAAAUCAAACCGCUUCACAGAGGAAUCAGUUCAAUGACGGCGACGGAGAAGCCAGUGAUGGUGAUCGGAAUCGACGACGGCGAAUACGCAACCGGCGCUCUGGAGUGGACAUUAGACCACUUCUUCUCUUCAACCAUAAAUCCUCCUCCCUUCAACCUCAUCCUCCUCCACGUCAAGCCCAUUCCCGAAGUCUUCGUCGAUGUCGCCGGUCCAGGAAUGGUUUUGGGGUCUGCUCCUGGAAUAUACCAAGUUUUGGACCAGAAUUUGAAGAAGAAAGCAGAGAGAAUCAAGGAGAAAGCGAGAGAGAUCUGUGCGGCUAAAUCGGUUUUUGAUGUUGAAUUCGUAGAUGAAGAAGGAGAUGCUAGGUAUGUACUGUGCGAGGCGGUUAAUAAAUACGGUGCUUCAAUGUUGGUGGUGGGAAGCCAUGGCUAUGGAGCCAUUAAAAGGGCGUUCUUAGGGAGUGUGAGUGAUUAUUGCGCUCACCAUGCUCCAUGCACCGUCACAAUUGUGAAGCCUAAACCCAACACCUGAAUAAUAAAUAAAAUCCCAAGUUAAGUUGCUUCUUAGUAUAUAUUAUAAAUAAAAUAAAUGCAUAUUUCUUUACUCUUUUUUCCCCUUUCUUUGAGAAAUAUAUCUUUGUAAAUUAUUUAGAGUAUGUCUAUAAUAAUAAUAAUAAUGAAGCAGCUGGUCAAGGUUUGUUGAAUUCAGUCAAAAUCUUAGAAUAGCUCAACUUGAAUAAAAUUUGUACUAUUAGUUCUCGAGAUUAAAUGUUCAAUUCUCUCAUCCACAUAAUUUUUUAAAAAGUAAAAUAUUGAUAUACAUAUACAAACAUUUUAGAACUAUAUUGAGAAGGGCGAUUAAAAUGAAUAAUGUACCAACAUACUUUAAAAGAAUUCAAAUCUUUUAAGGGAGGGGUAAAACAUGGUAGAGGAAAUAAUUUUAAUUUUCAAAAAUCAAAAUAAAAAAUUGAAUGGUUAUCAAACUAGGUUUACAUUAGGAGUGUAAGUGGGCCAGAUUUUGUACAGACGUUAACCGACCUGACCCGUUUCAUUUUCGGUAUGAAGCGAGUCGAGUUAAAUGAAUCUCAAAUUUCUAUCUUUUCUUUCAAAGUUAGUUCAUUUUGCAUAUAGAGGCAGUGAAGUGAUUUUCAAUUUCGGGUCUAGAGGUGGUAAAGCACUGAAGUGAUUCUGAGUGUGUCAGGGAUAGACUUUAAGGAUGUGAUGUCGGUUGGCAAAAAACCUUAAUCUAACUUAACUUAGCUAUUUGGUUCAUCAAACUAGGGACCUAACUGAACCAAAUCUUAUUUUGGUUCGGUUCGAUUUCAUUCUAAUUUUAAUUAAAAAAAAAAAAAAAAGUAACCAUAACUUAACUAGUUUGGCCCAUUUGGUUCAGUUUGAAUUUUGGCACUCCUAGUCUAAAUUGUAACCAAACGAGGCUUUAAGAAUUAAUUAGACACUAAUUUUGAGUUUCUAACUUUUUGGUGGAUAAUAUAUACUUCAAUCAAUUAAGUUAUAUUCAAGUUGGCUACCAUAUAUGAAAUUACCAAAGACAAAAUGUGCUACACAAGUUUUAAAGUCUACUUGGAUGCGGUUAAAAGUUAAUAUUAAAAUUUAAUGAGUCAUCAUAGGUUGCCCUAGUAGUUGAUAAGAAUCAUGCAAAUAAUAAAGAGUUUAGACAAAAUGAAUUAAAUUAUAGUUGUGAACUUUAAAGAGUUAUAAUAUGUUUACAACUUUAAUUUUGAAAACAUAAAUUUGAAAGUAAGGAAUUAAAUGGAAACGAAAUUGUGUUUUAUGAUUUCCUAUAUAUGUUUGGUAGCAAAUUCUGAAAUUAGAUUCUACUCUAAACAAUUGUAUAAAUUGUAUUUCAUGAUUUCAUAUAUAUGUUUGGUGACAAAUUCAGAAAUUAAAUUUUACUUAAACAA